CAGCAGAAGCAGCAGUCAAAACGAAAUUUCAACUUAUCAGUUCACUAAAAAUUGAAAACAAAAUCAGAACAGAACUUUUUGGCCAAUUAAGGAAAAAGAUUUACAAUGUCAGCGGCUACAAAUGGUGAGAGUGAGGCGGAAAAUUUUCCCAGUUGGUUGCCAAAUAUUACCUUGGAGAAUGCGGUACGUGCUCAGUUGGGAGACUUUGAGAGGAUUAUAUCCGUAACUCCGAAAUCGGGUAGUUCUGAGGGUGAGAACUAUUCAUCACUCUUUCUGCGACUGCUAUUAGAAGUGGAACUACUUGAUCAUUCAACCAAGGAUAUAUCUUUUGUGUUAAAAGCCCAGCAUAAUAAUGAAGUUAUGGCCGCCAUAAUGGGAAAAUUGAAACUCUUUGAUAAGGAGGAGCAAAUGUAUCAUACGAUAUUGCCAAAGUUUGAGAAACUUUAUGAGAAUGCUGGCAAACCCAUUCAGUUUGCACCAAAAGCCUUUAAGGUGGAUCGCGACUUGGGUGUGGAUUAUAUACUUUUGGAAGAUUUGCAUCGCAAGAACUUCAGGAACGAAAAUCGUUUGACUGGUCUCGAUUUGGAGCAUAUGUUGGCUGUCUUGGAGAAAUUGGCUGCCUUCCAUGCGGCCUCGGCGUGUUAUGUAGAGCAUUACGGACUAUUUGGAGAGGAGUUUACGGUGGGAGUAUUCAGUGAGAAUAAUCGUCAAUUAUUGCAGGAAUUCAAUGCAUCGGGUGCGUUUCUAACUCAACUUAAAAAGUGGAAAAAUGCUGAAAAAAUCUACGAGAAAUUGGCUGAUAGCGAUGACUAUUUAGUAGAUCGCCUGCUUCAAGAUCAACAAUAUAAUGCCCGAGAAUUCAAUGUCUUGAACCAUGGCGAUUGUUGGUCAAAUAAUAUUAUGUUCCAGCAUGAUGCAUUUGGUAAAAUUAAGGAAACUUUAUUUGUGGACUUUCAAGUGGGAAAAUAUGGCAGUCCGGCCAAUGAUCUAUACUAUCUAAUACUUUCGUCGGCUGCAUUGGAGUUGAAAACCAACAAAUUCGAUUAUCUAAUUCGUUAUUAUUUCGAUAACCUAAUCAGUAAUUUGAAACUAUUGGAAUACCAUCGACCCUUGCCAAAGUUAAAAAAUCUGCAUGCAGCUCUAUUUCGUAAUGGUUUGGCUGCCUACAUGGUUGUAUCCAAAGUUCUGCCCGUUGUCAUGUUGGACAAGACAAACAAUGCCAAUUUGGAGAGCUAUAUCAAUGAUGAAUCCAAAAUGAAGGCCGCCAUGUUUACCAAUCACAAAUAUGUUCGAGUAAUGACGGAAGUUUUACCAUGGUUGGACAAUCGCGGACUACUCGACUGGAAGUAAAUAAUUGGUCUACCAUGUUUAUGGCAGGGCGGCAAGAGGAAAUAAUGAAUAUUUAAUUGCAAUAUUUACCAGCUAUUUUAAACGACAGUUAAAUUAAAAAACAAAACAAUAAAAAAUAUAUUUAAAGGUGA